AUGGCCGGACCCGGCUCGGCGCGGCUGCAGGGCGACGUGGCCGCCUUCAGCGCUGCCCUGCGCACCCUGGUCAACAACCCCCAGUUCAGCGAUGUGAUGUUCGUGGUGGGCCAGGAGCAGCAGAAGGUGUUUGCGCACCGCUGUGUGCUGGCGUGCCGCUGCCAGGUGUUCCGUGGCAUGCUCAGCCAGGACUCCUCCAGCAGCGUCCCACCCCAGGGCCCCUUCAUCCUGGGCAACGUGCAGCCUGAGGUCUUCCUGGCCGUCAUUGAGUUCCUCUACACCAACAGUGUCACCCUCAACAACCGCAUAGCACUGGAGGUGCUGACCUCUUCGGUGGAGUAUGGCUUGCAGGACCUGUGCAAGCUCUGUGUCAAGUUCAUCAAGGACACGCUGAGUGUGGAGCAGGUCUGCGAGGCUCUGCAGGCUGCGGUGACCUAUGGGCAGGUGGACCUCCAGCAGCACUGCCUGACCUUCAUCGAGGGCUGCACCGCGGCAGUGGUGCAGACCCAGGGCUUCCGUGAGCUCUCUGACGUGGUGCUGGCGCGGGUGCUGCGCAGUGACCGCCUGGCCGUGGAUGAGCUGGAGCUGGUGCAGGCGGUGCGGGAGUGGGCACACGUCAGCUCGGCUGUCCUGGAGCGUCCGGUGCCAGAGGUGGCUGCCCUGCCAGUGAGGGAGCUGCGUCUGCCCUUGCUGACACCCAGCGAACUGGUGACACUGGAGAGCCACAACCAGCAGGACCUCCUCAUCCCGGUAGAGAACAUCGCUGCAGCCUGGCGUGCCCACGCUCUGAGGAGGGGCAGUGGGGUGCCCUCCCGCCUGUGCCAUCCCCGCCGGGGCACACGGCCCCGCGACCAUCACCGCCACCUCGAGCCACACGCCAAGUAGGGGCUGGGCA